AUAAGGGUUCAAUCAUUAUUUGUCUUCUGCUGCAACAGCUCAAAUUUCUGUGAGCUGGAAUGAACUGAAACCAUGAAACUUGGCCCAAUAGCUGGAAAUGAUGUGUACGUGUUUCACAAGAAAUGUGAGUCAAGUCGGCCAGAUGAUGGCGCUGUAAUUAAGGCCCAAAAGUUACAUUUCGAAAGGCCACGCCUCUCACACCGCAAGUCCAGUUGACUUGAAAUUUAACACAUAAGUCCAGCUCAAUGUGCUCUACAGAAAAGCCUCUUGGACCAUAUAAGUCCGCCAUGAUGGAUUUUUUGCUAAUCUGCAUAAUGUGAAAAACGAUAGACUCUGAUGAUGUCAUCACACGAGAUGAGCAGAUCUACGUUCUGAUUGGUGCUCAUGCCAGGUGUGAAAGGAACAUCCAGGCACAAAUGGCCCUCGUUAAAGAUGGUGAUUGUAUCCCAGAGUGGGACGGGAUCAUCUGCUGGCCACGGAGCAGGCCGGGUCAACUGGUCCCAGUUCUGUGUCCCGAAUACAUCUAUGACUUCAACCAUAGAGGUCGAGCCUACCGCCAAUGUGAUGCGUCAGGAAACUGGGAGCAGGUUCCCAUUAUCAACCGCACCUGGGCUAACUAUACUGAGUGCACCACCUACUUGACCUCCAACCACAGGAGCCAAGAGGAGAAGGUGUUUGAGAGACUCCAUCUCAUGUACACGGUUGGCUACUCCAUUUCUCUGGCAUCACUGCUGGUUGCAGUCUCCAUCCUCUGCUAUUUCAAGCGUCUCCACUGCACACGCAAUUACAUCCACAUUCACCUCUUCACCUCCUUCAUCUGUCGGGCAGUCAGCAUUUUUGUGAAGGACGCUGUGCUCUACUCCAUUUCUGGUGACAGUAAGGCUGAACCUGAGCUCCCUGGACCAAGGCAGCAUAUGGCUGGCUGUAAAGUUGCUGUCACACUCUUCCUGUACUUCCUGGCGACCAAUCAUUACUGGAUCCUGGUGGAAGGGUUGUACCUGCACAGCCUCAUCUUCAUGGCCUUCCUCUCUGACAAGAACUACCUAUGGGCCCUCACCAUCAUCGGGUGGGGCGUUCCAGCUGUGUUUGUGUCCAUCUGGGUCAGUGCACGAGCAUCGCUGGCGGACACACAAUGUUGGGACAUCAGUGCAGGAAACUUGAAAUGGAUCUAUCAAGUUCCCAUCCUGGCAGCCAUUGUUGUGAAUUUCCUCCUCUUUGUCAAUAUAAUACGAGUACUGGCCUCCAAACUGUGGGAAACAAACACUGGUAAACUGGACCCUCGGCAACAGUACCGGAAGCUUCUCAAGUCCACGUUAGUCCUCAUGCCCUUGUUUGGAGUUCACUACAUGGUGUUCAUGGCUCUUCCUUACACUGAGGUUACUGGGCUGUUGUGGCAGGUGCAGAUGCAUUAUGAGAUGUUCUUCAACUCAUCCCAGGGCUUUUUUGUGGCAUUUAUCUACUGCUUCUACAAUGGAGAGGUGCAGGCGGAGGUAAAGAAGGCGUGGUUAAGACGGAGCCUAGCGCUGGACCUCAAACAGAAAGCCAGGAUGACCAGCAGUGGCGGUGGAGGCAGCUGUUACUACGGUGGCAUGAUGUCACACACCACCACCCACAGUGUCAGCUUGUCAGCUUCCAAUCCCCGGGCUCUUUCCCUCGCUGGAGGAGUAGUGGGCUCAGGUGGUGCUGCUGGUGGAGGGUCAGGUGUCAGGCCACCACGCCACACCUCCCUCCACCCACAAAGCAGUCUGCCUGGAUACGUGCCUAGUAAUACUGAGACCUCCGGCCCCCAGCAGGAGCUGACAGUUCGGAGGCCAGGGGGGACAGAGUCUGGAGUUUUUGCCAGGCAUGCCAGAGCCAGCAAAGGAAGUCAUGACUCUAAAAGUCGUGGAUCUCCAACCCAAAUCCAAAGAACAGAAGAUCCAGACAGUUCUUUGUCACUGAAAGAGCUGGAGACCAUCUUGUGAAUAUUUUUGAUAAAAACUGGACUCAUGCAGACCAAGACAGAGGACAGGGAUGAAUUAUUCUGUCUUCAGCUGACUGGAGUGGUCUAAGAGUGUAAAAACCUCAAUGUUGAUUUGCUUUUGCAAAUACAGACAUGACAAUGUACUAAAGAAGACAUUUCAAGGAUUUACUUGUGUUGAAACUGUCUUGUCAACUUGUCAGGAAUGAACUUUCAAUCUCAAUUUUUAAGCCAACGUAGAGGAGAGGUUCUUUCAGUGCUCAGAAAAAUGGAAAUCUGAUUUCAGUGGAUGUGAUCAAAUUUCAGCUUCAUAAACUAUGAGGGAAUACAAACACAAAAAAUAACAGAGAAGACCUUUAUUCAUUAUAAUAUACCAAACUAGGAAUGUAUGCUUUGUCCUGCAUAACACAAGGACUAUAAUGGUUUUAUGUUGUACAAUACAUUCUCAAAUCUCUCAAGUUAUAGAGACAAUUUUCUGAUGGAUUUCUUGUGGAUUUGUUACACUUCUGCUCUAUUUAAUAUAUCAGUAUAUAAACUGUGCAUAUUUUCAAACAAUGUGAAAGAAAUGUGAACAAAUAAAUUAAGCUAAAUAAUCUGUGAAGACACGAUGCUGCAGAGAAUUAAGAAAAGACAGUCCUGGAUGUUAAAACUGUGAGUUUUUUUUUUAAAAAAAUUUUAUUUCACAUCUUUCCUGUGUUGGAUUUUCCAGUCCUCUGACCCAGACCUACUCCAGUGACCAAGCUAACUUUCAAAAUGUUAUUAUUUUUAACUGUCAGACAGUCAGACAGCAUGUCUAGACAGGCAGGGUCUCCCUCUACACCUUUGUUGUUGUCCAUUGUUGUCUUCUCAGCCCUAUUUAUCAGUUAGACAGGAACCUGAGGGCUGAUUCACCAACGUUUUUCCCCCGGCAGGUCAAACCCUGACUCCUUUCUCUGUGCAACCUCUGCCCUAAAUGCCCUCACAACACUGUCCAGAAUUUCACACACUCCCCUCAGGCUUCAGCCCAGAGCAAGAGGCACCUGAGCUGUUUGCAGACCUCAAGCAUGAGUGGCAAACCUGCAGCACAAACCACCAGUAUUCACAAGAUAAACAGAAAGUGAAUUGUAGCUGUAAAUAUUUUAGGACUAUUUAAGUGUCCAGAAAUAGAAACUAUUCUUCUGUGUUUACGCAUGUAUAUGUACAGUGUAAGAUUACUCUGAUAAUUUAAUAAAUGUUUUGGGAAUAUGCAUUGAGAGUUUGAAUAAAGUGAGUUAAAUGGAACCUAGCCUUUUAAAGGAUUGGCUCACAAUAUGUCAAGUCUGUCUUCAAACAACAGUCUGAUAUCCAUAUGAACAUUAAAACAUGUUUUGCUCAUGUACUUAUUCCUCCUGUUCACACUAACCAUUUGAAGAUCUCU